AAAAAUAAGAAGAUGUUGUAUGAUUGCUAAUGAGACAACUCGUCACUAGAGAACAAAUUACACAGAAAUCUGCCAUAAUGUUCCUCGUAAGCUUGAUAAUUUAUACUUUGUUCCAAGUCGGCAUUGGUCAGAUCCUGCCAGGUACUGUUCCAUCACUCCCUAACCCCACUUUGGAAGGAUGCCAGAAGGAGGCUGAAAAUGCAAACAUGACUAGCAAUUAUACAUCAAUUUAUGCCAAAGUGAUAGAUAAAUGGUGCGGAACAUAUGAUGAGGUUUUACCUUGUCUUGAUUUGUCAUUACCCUACACUCGACUGGCGAAUGUUAAUGACUGGUACCUAAGUAUGAUGUUUGACGUGGAUAUUGCUCACAACAUUUCAGAUGAUAUGUGUUCAAAGUAUAAAGAUUAUGCAGAAGAUAUGGAAUGUAUUGAUCGUAGCAGACGAGCAAGUUCCUUCUGUACACAAUACAACACGAAACAUCUAUCCACAGUAAUACUUCAGUUAUAUUAUACAAACUCAACGGAAAAUCCGUAUGCAGACGUGAAUGCGUGCUUAUAUGCUAAUCACACAGCAACAUGCAUGACAAGACACAUGAAAUAUUGUUCAAGACCAAUCAGAAAAAUAAUCAAUCAGUACUACCGUUUAUUAAAUGGCAAAUGUAAAGAUAUUCUGUAUGAAAAUAAACAAGAGCAUAUAAAUAAAACUACUACUGCAGCUACUACUGUGAGGAAACAAAGUUUCGCAGAGAAAGUAAACAAAAUUCUUCAGAUGAAGGAGGAAGCAAAGAUUAAACCUGGAAAUUUCAAGGAAACGAUGACGAAUUUAUUCAGGCAAAUUGAUCCAGAGAUAGGAUCAGAAAAUGCAACCAUUGCAAGGGAAACAGGUGGUAAUGCAACAAGCGAUGCAAUUACGCUAAAUGAAAGUGCAGGAAACCAGACAAUGGAAUUAUCUUCUAAUUCUACGAUGGGAGAGACUGUGAUUCCAAAAAAGAAAAAGCCAAAAGUUACCAAGAAGGAGAAGAUAAAAGCAGAGAUAAAGAGGUUACUGCAGUUUGUUCUAAGCAAUGCUUGAUUCAAAUAUAUAGAACAGAAGAGCUAGUGAGCGAAAAUCCAGGAAAAUAGUUUUAAUUAUAGGACAUACAGAGUACAUUUCACCUUUAAUUUGUUGACAUAAUAAAUAUGAUAAAAUGA